AUGGCCGUAACACAACUGAUCCUGAUCACCUCAAGAUAUUACGGCACGAUCUUCGCCCUGAAUUCUGAAUCCCGGACUGUCUUCAGCCUCCGCAGGCGGGGUUGCACAAUCUCUGCCGCUUGGCAGAAGGCUACGGGGGAGUUCUGGCCCAGCUCUCGUCUAAUUUGGCGAUUCUUCGCUAAAGGCGCACGCAUGCGGAGAGUCCUCCUUGCUUUCCUCACAGCGCAGCUCGCCCAGCUCGCCUGGGCUAUCCGCAACCAGGGUCACAGUGCCCAGGAGGAGGCGGCCUCCUAUGUCGACGGCGUGGUGCCUUUUCCAGGUGACAUGAUCUCCGGCGUCAGCGACUGGAAAUGCAUCCGCUUCGGCCACGGUGUCUAUGACAAGGAAUCCGGCCAAUGCUUCGUUCCAGGGGCUACAUUGACUCGUGUGGUUUCGUGCUCCUAUCAGUCAGACUGCAUGGGUCCUGAUACUAAAUAUUUCGAUGAGAAGGGGUUUUGCUACUUCCCGAAAAAGUACACCAAGAUCACUUCGGCCAGAUAUCAGUCUGAUUGCCUCGGUGGAAUCUACACUGGAUGCGGUGGUGGCAAGUGCUUGAAGGAGUGA